GCAAAGUCUCUCUUUGGAUCGCUGGUUUCAGAGGUUCAAGCGGAGACGCCAUUGCUGCUCAUCGAUCCCAAUCCUCUAUCGCUGUGAUUCUCUCCUUUGGUUUUGGAAUCCGAAUCCUCUGUUUGUUUGCCAAAGAUGGGUUUUUCUCUCAUGGAGGGGUUUACUAAGUCUUUGGCGAUGACCGUGCUGUCGGAGAUCGGAGAUAAGACUUUCUUUGCUGCUGCUAUCUUGGCAAUGCGCCAUCCAAGGAGGCUUGUCUUAGCUGGAUGUUUGGGAGCACUGAUUGUGAUGACUAUACUCUCUGCUCUUCUCGGCUGGGCUGCACCAAAUCUGCUAUCCCGCAAAUGGACGCACAAUAUAACAACCAUUUUGUUCUUUGCAUUUGGCCUCUGGUCAUUGUGGGAAGGAUUCACAGAAGAAGGGGAUGCGGAAGAGUUCGCUGAAGUAGAAGCAAAAUUGGAUGCUGAUUUGAAAGCUGAUAAAAAUGGUGCUAAAGGAGGUCCUAAGGCAGAUGACUUGAAGAAACAACAGAGACCAUUUUUGACGCAAUUCUUCUCACCAAUUCUUCUGAAGGCGUUUUCAAUCACUUUCUUCGGUGAAUGGGGUGACAAGAGUCAGAUUGCUACUAUUGGCUUAGCAUCUGAUGAGGACCCUUUUGGUGUCAUUCUUGGGGGCAUUCUAGGGCAAACCUUGUGUACGGUAGCAGCAAUUCUCGGUGGGAAGAGCUUGGCAUCCCAGAUAUCUGAGAAGAUGGUGGCAUUCUCCAGUGGAAUUCUGUUCCUUGUUUUUGGUGUUCAAUCCUUGCUUUCGGCGGUCGGGGAGUCCUAACUUACAACUCGUUUAACCCAAUUUAUUUUUCCAACUAUUUGAAUGAAGAAGUUAUUAUAUAGAUACGAUAAUAAUGGUAUCACAAUACAUUUAUGAUGAUUAAAGAUAGGUUGAUUGGUCCAUUGGAGGUUUUCCUUCAAUUAUUCUUGA